UCAUAUGAUCAAUCACUGGAUUGUUUUGCAGCUUUUCAAGCAUGACAUGCAGAAACUGCACAGAGUGCAUUUCGCCUGCCAAUAAUUAUCCACGCUACAGCUGCUGCUGACUUGUUUAUACAUGUCACUGCCCUACAUGUUAUAAUGGGCCCAGUUUAAUAUGCAGACAAAAUGUUGUUAUCUCUGUUUUAUCUCUUUGUGCAGCACGUUGUAAACCUUGUGUUUGCUAAAAUUGUGUUCUAUAAAUAAAAUGGAUUGGCUUGAAUUGGUUAUACAAUAUGUUGUACGGGUCCCUGCUCCCUCUCUCUAUCAGCUAAGGGGCCCUGAAACACACGGACCCCUGAUUUAUGUGAUUUGAAAUUGGAAACCUCUUUUUACACCAUUCAUUCUGUAUUCAUCUAUGUUCUAAAUUGAGUUAAUUUACGAAAUUCUGCAAAAUCAACAGCUCACUGUCAUCAUAGAGGUGUUGAGCCAUGGAGAUUACUGCACAAACUUUCACAGAGCUGCAGUAAUCCUUUAAGUGGGAGGCUACAGUGUCUCUGGAGCUUGUGUGGUUGUUGUUGACACCUACUAUUACAUGGGUAUGGCCACACUUCUGCGCUGUACUAUUAUUAAAGGUUGGGGAAAAUGUUUGGAAUGUGUAGUGUAAAGACGACAAGGCAAAGCAGGUUUAUUUUUAUAGGACCCUGCCGGCACGGAGGCACAUAAAAGUGCUUUAAAAAAAGAUAUAAAAAGCAUUAAGACGAAAGACAAGGCAGUAUGAAUUGUCAGUAUGAAAGACACACACAGGAUUCUAGAAAGAGUAUCACAAGCAAAAUGGAAGAUUGAAAAUAAGCAAAAAUUAGGUUGCAAACAACAAAGUUUUAAGCCCUGAGAUGAGCAUCAGAGAAGGACUAUCAAAAACUUUGAGCAUAGAAAUAAGAAAACAUCAAACUGUGUAGUGUUUCAAAUGGUGUACAUCAUCUUACGUUCACUACCUUCUCAGCUGACUGUUGUUUUGCAGGUUUGCUGUUUUGCAGACACUGACUGAGUUGUCCCCCUUAGGAAUAUCUACAACACUUCUAUGGCUACCGGCCAAAGUCAGAGAGACGGAGGAGGACUGCGGACGCAGAUGUAGAUGAGUCCGAUUGGACCACUGAACUCUGCGAUAAGGUCGAGAAGAUGCAGCGCUUCUUUGGUUUGCCUCCGAGUGGAGAGCUGACCAAAGAGACCCUGGCAGUUAUGAAGCGGCCGCGCUGUGGCCUGUCUGACGUGGAGCAGUUCGGAAAAACCGUUCGCUGGAAGAAGAGAACUCUGAGCUACAGGAUCGCUGUCUACAGCCGCUCCAUCCCAGCCACAAAGGUUCACAAAGUCUUCAAAGCGGCAUGGAAGGUCUGGUCCAGCGUUGCACAGGUUAAAUUUCGCAGGCGGAAGAGGAAAGAGGCUGACAUCGUCAUCUCCUUUAUGGACAGAGACCAUAAGGACGGUUCACCGUUUGAUGGCAAAGGAGGAGUCCUGGCUCAUGCCUUCAUGCCUGGGUAUGGCAUUGGUGGAGACGUGCACUUUGAUGCUGAGGAAGACUGGAGCUUUAAUUUCACGGGUUUCAACCUAUUUCCUGUAUCCGUCCAUGAAUUUGGCCAUGCCCUUGGCCUGCCCCACUCGUCCGAUCCCGGGGCUAUCAUGUACCCAGCAUACAACUUUGUCCCCAAUUAUGAGCCCCAGCUGUCCUACCGUGAUGUCAAAGACAUCCAACACCUGUAUGGCAUCAGCCCCAAUUUUGCUUUGCUGUCGUCAAAAAAACCUCCUCCGAGAACACCGGAAAAAUGUGACCCGGAUUUGUCCUUUGAUGCAGUGACAGAAUUACAGCAGGAGCUCCUGUUUUUCAAAGAUAGGUUCAUGUGGCGCAAACAUCCUCAGUUUGAUGAAACAAGGAUCACCCUGAUCAGCAGCCUGUGGCCAGAGAGUGUUCCUUCCCACUUGGAUGCUGUCUACGAGAACACGAGGAAGAAUCUGAUAGUGUUUUUUAAAGGCCGUCAGUACUGGAUGCUGAGGCAGUUACAGGUUGAGGACGGUUUUCCAAAGAACAUCUCCAGCUUGGGAUUCCCUUCCAGAAUAAAAUCUGUAGACGCUGCUCUUCACUUCAGAAAUGACCGCUACACUGUGUUCUUCACUGGAAAUGAGUGCUGGAGGUACAAUGAGAUGCAGGAGAUGAUGGAGGAAUCGUCGUCACUUAUAGAGAACCAGUGGCCGGGGAUUCCAUAUCCAAUCGAUGCAGCUGUCUUCUUUGAUGGAUUUGUGCACUUCUUCAAGGGAAACAUCCACUACAAAUAUGACUCUGACUCCAAACGCGUCGUCGCCACCAGCCCCGCCAACGAGCUGCUGGAGUGCAAGACGGAGGAUGGGCGGACAAUGAAAUCCUGAGAGAGGGGAGAUAACCGAAGGAAACACUUUGCGGAUGACGACACAGGACGACGACAGCGCUGUGUGUGCUCUCUGUGCGUGGAUACACAGAGGGUUACAAAAUAUUAUACCUAAUUCCACCAUGGGAAGUGAUGAACAAUAUAGGGAAGUGGCUAACAGUGUUACCUCAUACGACGCAGUAAUAGUGGCGGUUGUACCUCGUAUCAAAGUUUCAGGUUUUCAAGUUGUCAUAUGUAUUUUAUUUGACAUCACUGUGACACUGUGAUUUACUGGUCAAUGAUUUUUUAUUUUAUUUUUUUUUUGGG